UUGGUCGGGGAGAGUCAUCAGCACACACGAGGACUCGCGUUGAGUGCUGACUCGAAUCUCUCUUUCUCUCGCCCCUCGUCGAGAGAAACCGGCUGGUUUAUCCUACGAAAAACGGAACCCCACUGCAGACACAGGAGGGAAAGUUUUGCCGUUUUCAGGGGUGACACCGGUUAAGGGGUGGACACAAAAGUAACUGCGUAGCCGACGUUAGUCUAUACUCAAGUACAGUGAAAAUUUCACAUACCCACGAUGGACCCGAGAGACACAGCCCCAGAUUCUUGGGAGCAGGAGGACGAUGGCGAGGCCCCCGUCGACCAGCAACUGUCGGGCUUCACUGCCCUUAACGUGAACGCCAAGCCGUUUGUCCCGAAUAUUAAUGCGGCAGAAUUUGUUCCGUCCUUCGCUCAGAAAGGGCCCUCGGACAAUGUUGACUCUGGUGGUGGUGAUACAGUUGCCAGCAUGGAGGUCACAGAACCUGUAGCGCCCCCCGUGGAGAACGGCGAUGCGGAGAUGGCGGUGGAGGAGACGUGGGACCAGAAAGGUGCGGAGCCCAGCGAAGCGGAGCCGGGAGGCGGAUCGGGCUCCGGCUCCGGCAUAGACGAGAGCCCGGCACAGGCGGCAGACGAGUCGCCGCAGGACGAGGGCAUGGAGGAUGAGGAGGAGACCACGCCGGCACACAAGGCCGCCCCCAUCCCCAAAGACGCCCCCAAGAAGGAGCACGUCAACGUCGUCUUCAUUGGACACGUCGAUGCUGGCAAGUCCACGAUUGGAGGUCAAAUCAUGUACUUGACGGGCAUGGUGGAGAAGAGAACCCUAGAGAAAUACGAGAGGGAAGCAAAGGAGAAGAACAGGGAGACCUGGUAUCUCUCUUGGGCUCUCGACACAAACCAGGAGGAGCGAGACAAAGGCAAGACUGUGGAGGUCGGACGUGCAUACUUCGAGACCGAGAAAAAGCACUUUACCAUCCUGGACGCGCCGGGCCACAAAAGCUUCGUCCCCAACAUGAUCGGCGGGGCCUCACAAGCCGACCUGGCGGUGCUGGUGAUCUCCGCCAGGAAAGGCGAGUUUGAGACGGGCUUUGAGAAGGGUGGACAGACGCGAGAGCAUGCCAUGUUGGCCAAAACUGCGGGAGUCAAACAUCUGAUCGUUCUGGUUAACAAAAUGGACGACCCAACAGUUAACUGGAGCCUGGAGAGGUACGAAGAAUGUAAGGAGAAACUUGUGCCAUUUCUGAGGAAGGUCGGCUUCAACCCCAAAAAAGACAUUCAUUUCAUGCCGUGCUCUGGACUGACGGGAGCCAAUCUAAAAGAACCAGCUGAAAUGUGCACCUGGUAUACAGGGUUACCAUUCAUUCCACAUCUGGACAAUUUGCCAAACUUAAACAGAUCAAGUGACGGACCAGUCAGGUUACCAAUUGUAGAUAAAUACAAGGACAUGGGCACUGUUAUUCUUGGAAAACUGGAGUCGGGAUCAAUCAGCAAAGGACAGCAACUAUUCAUGAUGCCCAACAGGCACACGGUGGAAGUGCUGGCGUUGCUCUCGGACGAUGUGGAGACGGACGACGCGGGACCAGGGGAGAACCUGAAGCUGCGGCUGAAGGGCAUUGAGGAGGAGGAGAUCCUUCCGGGCUUCAUCCUCUGCAACGGGGAGAACCUCUGCCACACGGGGCGCACCUUUGACGCCCAGAUUGUCAUCAUCGAACACAAGUCCAUCAUCUGUCCCGGUUACAAUGCAGUUCUACACAUCCACACCUGCAUUGAGGAAGUGCAAAUUACGGCCUUAAUCUGUUUGGUAGACAAAAAGUCAGGCGAGAAGAGCAAGACGCGACCUCGCUUCGUGAAGCAGGACCAAGUGUGCAUUGCCCGGCUGCGGACUGCAGGGACCAUCUGCCUUGAGACCUUCAAAGACUUCCCCCAAAUGGGACGCUUCACCCUACGGGACGAAGGUAAAACCAUUGCCAUCGGGAAGGUGCUGAAGCUCGUUGCUGAAAAAGAGUGAACCAGUUGCAUGAUGGGUGUUUCUGGAAUGACCAAGCUGAGGCGGAGGUGGGCGGCUGCAGUGUCCGCAGAUCCCCCCCAUCCACUACCACCCCCCACCCCCUUCACGGCCCACCGACGCCCGCCCGGCCACCUCCCCAAGACCCCCUCUGCCUCCUGAAGACCAGCUGAAAACAAAGCAAAACAAACAAACAAACAGUUCUUGUCUUGAAAGAUAUCUGUUUUUAAGCAAACGGAAAAAAAUGAAAUCAAGUCCACAUAUGUCAGCUCUUUCUCAUAUUGAGAGCUCAGCGAUGCCAUUUUGUUUAGGCCCCGUUUGAAAGACCUUCCAUUCCCCAUUCCCUUUGCUGAUCUACUCCUAUGAGCAAAAAGAGAUGCAUUUUCUCUGAUGAUUUUUAUUAUUUUUUUGUUAUUUUUUUAUUGAUUUGUUUUGCUUCCAUGAAAGUAAAAAGAAUGGCAGCAGUUAUGUGGACCAGUUUUUUUUUUUUGCUCUGAAAACACAAGAUGAUUAUACCACACAGGGGAAAACAGUGAGAAAUUAACUGGAUGAAACCAGAAUGUUAAUAUCUUGGUUGUACAUGUCUCCCUUUUUGCUUCUUGCCCACUUUGGUUUCUCAACUUGUGCAGUUUUCCUGGAACAUGCACAGAUGUGUUCACAUGUUAUUAAAGCAACUUCUAUGACAAUAAAUAUUAAAUUGGGGAAAUA